AUGUCUUUAGAGCCAAUUCCCCCGGUUGUUGAAGACUUUUUUUCUGAUUCCAACGCAAGUAUAAUCACCUCUGAUGAUCCAACAUCUCCAGCAUUGAAGCCACAGGGAAAGUCAAAGGCAACUACUCAUUUAUCAAUAGAACAUUCCUUAAUUACUGCCUAUAGUAGCUCUUCUGGCGGCUCUUCUAUCAAGAGCGUCAAUGCUAUAUCUAAUACAAUUGAAAUUGGAAGCUCCACAAAAGAAAUGGGUGUCGACGAUUUAUUAAUUGGAUUAAUAAAUAGGGCAAACUCAAAUGUAUCAAAUAGCAGUGAGCCAUCUUCUCAAAGACUUUACUCUGGAACUAGUGCUGGAAAAAGUGUGUUUCAUAGCCAGAAAAGCCCAUUAUUCACCGUUCAACAAGAUAAUGAGCUAUCGGAAGGGGAAGCACUCGAAGCAUGUGAAGAAUGUCUUGAUUCAGAUUCAUCAUCUGAAUGGAAUAAGAAUGCUGUUAAAAGUAUAAAAGUGUCAUAUGGACAUUCAAGAAAUCUUGAUGGUUCUGCGCUAUCAUUAGAUACUCAACACUCUGGUUAUCAGCGCAAGUACUUACAUGAAGAUCCUCAAUCAACAACUUGGGCUAGACAUAGGAAACAUUUCUUUAUUCUGAGUAGCGCGGGAAAACCGAUAUAUACACGAUAUGGAGAUGAGUCAAGGAUAUCAAGUUACAUGGGUGUAAUUCAAGCAAUCGUCUCUUUUUUUGCGGAUGCUGAUGAUUCUCUAAGAUGUAUUAAUGCCGGACAACAUAAAUUUGUUUUUCUACUUAAAGAACCAUUAUAUUUGGUCGCAGUUUCACGGACAAAUGAAUCUGAAUCUCAGUUGAGAGAUCAAUUGAAUUAUAUGUAUAACCAAAUUUUGAGUGUUUUGACUUCUGUGCAAUUGACAAAGAUUUUUGAACAAAGGAUUAAUUUCGAUUUACGGAGGCUUUUGGGAGGAACUGAGAUAUUUUUAGAUAAUCUCGCGACGGGUAUGAGUGAUGAUCCGGGCUUUAUGCUUGGUUCAAUUCAGUGCGUGCGAAUGAGCAAAGAAUUACGGGAUAAAGUCGGCGCAACAAUGCAACCUGUAAAGUCAAAGGAUCUUUUGUAUGCCAUGUUGAUAACAAACAAUAAACUGAUUACUUUGCUACGGCCUAGAAGACAUAGUCUUCACCCAGCAGAUCUUCACCUAAUUUUCAACACGAUAAACGGAUCUUCGACAUUUAAAUCAGCCGAAUCAUGGAUACCUAUUUGCCUUCCAAAAUUCAAUAACAAAGGUUUCCUGCAUGCAUAUGUUAGUUAUAUUGUCACUAAUGUGUGUCUAUUAUUGAUUUCGCCGGAUCACGAUAAUUUCUUUGAGUUGUCGAAAGCAAAAUCGAAAAUCAUAAAGCAACUCUCGUCGACAACUGCACUUAAGGAUUUGGAAAAUGCCAUUCUAAAUAAUGAAUAUUCAAUUGCGGACGUCGGUGUACCUGGUCUUCGCCAUUUUAUUUAUAAGACCAAACAGCAUGUACAAUACACCUCAUCUGAAUUUGCCAGACCAUACAAUACUCCACGUGAAAAACGAAAGCUAUUCAAGCUAUAUCGAUACACUCAUGACCGUAUGCACUCGCGGAUACGACCGCUCAAGGUUCACUAUUACGUGAGUCCAAGUGAAACGAUUCUCGGAUGGACCACCGCAAGCUUUGAACUAUACGCAGCUUUUGGACCUAUGAUACCAAAGUCUGCGGUAAUUGCAUCAGCUAAUGGGUUGUUACGGUGGAUAAAGAAAGAGGAAGAUACUCUUUUUAUUUUACAUUCACCG